UUUUUAGCCUCCAUCUGUCACAUGAAACGCAUGCACUUGGUAUCGUUCUGCUAAAGUGUUAGGAUAUGAUAGAAAGACAAACAGGGAUGACGACAAAAACAUGGAUAUGACUUUGUCGUGAAGUUGUGGAUAAAUAUCGUAACAUCCAUUGGCUGUUGGUGCCUGCUAGGAAGACAUGAGUUAAUUUAAGACCUGCUGUAUUGUGAUGGUGGUCAGAUAAUUUGUAGACAAGGCGUAGAUAGUUUGAUCGAAUCGUCUGGUUAGGAACCGAGUGUCUUUUAAGAAAUCCACUGUUAUAAACUUGAUAGUAGCUAACAGCUAACACAAACAAAAUGGAUGUAUUUGGAUGGAUAACCGUGCUUGUGUUCAGCUUCCUUAUUUCGAUGAUUUGUGUUGGGGCAAGUGAUCACAAAUGUACUUUUAUCAAGGCAAAGACCAUCACUAAGUACGAACAAGUAUAUAAACCAUGUAAGCUGUCGUACCGAGCACGCUGUUCCUGGUUCAGCUUAGAUUAUUGUACAUUUUACCAUGAACAAUAUUGCAAUAAAAACUACAAUACAUCAGAGACUGUGUAUAUCAAAGUGAUAGAAUGCUGUAAAACCUAUGUAGCAGCACCCAAUGGUACCUGUAUUCUCCUGUCCAAGGUUGAAAAUGACGAUUGGUAUAUCAUGAAACAAAACACCACAACAGAUGCUCCAGUACAGAUCAAUCCUAUUGGGAAUGAACCAGUAAAGAAUCCACAGAUUGGUGAUUCUGACAACACAGACUUUGUUGAUCCAAGCAAGGUGUACAAAGUGGACAACAAGGGUGGUGGCAUGACACUGUCUCACGGGGCCUACGCGGGGAUAGGGUGUGCACUACUGUUUCUGGGUAUCAUAGCAGUACUAACAUUUAUAGGAGUACGGAAAAGAAGAAGAAGAUUUGCUGCGCAGAAAUCGUCUACAAAUGAACAAAGAGUUCCGAUCCACAUGGCCACAGAAGAUCACGUAGAGACAUAAUCACGGCAUUCUUCACAGGCUAUUUAAGUUUCUUGUCAGGAAGCAAUCAUACAAUGUGGCCUUACAUUGUCUGGGGUUACACUGAGUUCCUGUUUACUGAAUUAUGAGCUUUGAUUUGUUUGGGUGUAAAGGGAGGUAACUCCAUUUGUAUCAUAUGGCUUCAGAAAUGUCAAGAAAAGAACCUUGAUUCCCAGCAUUUAUAAAGAAAGCUAUUCGGAAAGACAGUGACUGAUGGGCGACAAAGCCAUUGGGAAUUUGGUUUGUAGAUGGUCAAAGACAAUUUGAGGGCACAGAAAUGAUACAGCUUGUUUACAAAACAUUUUAUUUUUGUAAAUUCUGGAUUAAGUUUACAAUAAAAAGUAACAAGCUGGAAUUAGUCUGUAUAUAUCAAUGUUACUCCAUUUCUAAGUUAGCUUGAUUUAUUCCAAUCACUGAAGUCCAGACCUUAUGUUUCAUUAAAUGGAAACAAUUUUCAUUUCUGUAUGACUUUUUGUAAAGCAACAUGCUUGUAAAUUGUGUGCUUUUCCUGACUAGUGUAUCAUGAAAACAUAGACAACUGUUGAUAAAGGGUUGAAAAUCACGAGUUCUUAAUAGGCCCAGUAUAAUCAUGAUACAAUAUACUACAAUUAAGAAUGAUAAUGCUAGAAUUGACUUUGAUAUUUAAUAUUUAAUUGUUCUUCAUUUCCAGUAGAGAUUAUUAUAGUAUUUGUUCAAUUUUGUGUUUUUUUUUUUUCUUUUAAAUGUAUCCUUAUGAAUGAGAUUCUGAUUGGUCUAUAUAUCAUGUGUGUUAAUUAUGGAGUUCUAUGUCAGAUUGUUAGAAACUACAACAACGUCUUUUGUGAUGCAUCUUUUAUUUCUUUUUUCUCUCGAAAACAUUUCCAGUUCAGCAACAAUGGUGUAUACGUGGUGUAUAAUAUGUUUACAAUGCGAUAUACAGGUAUGUAGUCUGACUUGUUGACAUUACGAUGACUUGACCCUAUCCACUGACUAUUUUCCCUUGUCUUGAUAUAUUUGUUUUAAAAAAGCAUUAUAGGUAGGUCCAUGUAAUUCAAUAGUUUUCACAUGUCAAAGUGGUGAAUGCAGUCGAUUAUCAUUUUUAAGAGCCUUACGAAGAUGACCAUAAGCCUGAAAAUGUUAAUGGAAGUUAACUGUGUUCACAGUGUUGAUAUUUUUCUGUACACGUUGAAUUUGUACUGAGUAUCCUUCAACAGAAUACAUUUAUUUUAUAAUUAUAUAAAACCUUCUAUAAACACCAGCUAUAAAUGCGAUAGAAAUAUUUCAUCAGAACUGAUUUGUUAUAAAAUUAAAUGAAAUCUCCUAUUAACACCAGCUAUACAUACUUAAUAUAUAACAAUAUUUCAACAGAACUCACAUGUUAACAUGUUAUAAUGAAAAUGUUUUAAACUCCAGUCAUUACUGUGAGGUAUUUUCACCAUGAACACAAUCAAGAUAUGUGUGAUCUCAGGAUGUGAACAAUUUUUAGUAUACUCCUAUGUUUAUUUACAAUAUUUACUCUCAUUCCUAUUAAAUAUGAUAAUAAUACAUAUACCAUGCAUUCAUGAAAGAAAAGUCACAACAUUUGACUGUUGAACCAUCUUCAAAUUGUAUUUAUUGCCAAUAUGAAUGCCAUCAAAUUGAUUGAUUGAAUGGUUUCCUGAUGUAAUGACUACCUAUGUCAACCAAACUGCAUUCAUAUUGACAAUAAAUACAAUCUGACGAAUGUUCAGCAAUUAUAUGUGAUAUUCUGAUAUUAUUUUGAAAUAAUGUUUUGUCCAUUUUAAUUAAAUUAUUUACUGGAAGAGCAACGUAAAAAUAAAUCAUGUAAAGGGGAGAUGCCCAAUUUUUCCACUUUUCAUAAUACAAAGAAAGAUGUUUUAUCAAGACAAUGGCAAAUGAAGUAGUCAGUUCCAUACUAAACAUAUAUUUCACCUGAGUUCAUUUACCUGUGUUUUUUUGGAUAUUGUAUAUAUAUAAUAAUAAGAUGUUGUAAAGUCAUAUUUGUUAUUUGUGGUGAUUUUUAAAGUGCAGAUGUAAUUAAGAUCAACAUGACACUCAAAUGAGUUCUUUUUAAGGCGUUGUAAUGUGAAGUUGUUUGUCUAAUUUUAUGGGGCUUGUGUAAUUUUAUUGGGCUAGUAUUUUACGGUUGUCCCAAUUUCGCACAAGUUGAUGAACUGGUGUACAUAUGUACAUGCAUUACAGAUACUUUCUGAGAUUCUCAUUCAUUUUUCUGGUGUCUUUAUUGAUGGUGAAUAUCGCAAAAUGAAAUUCCUGCCAAUAUUACCGAUUACACAGGUGAACAAUGAGGUAAUGGGAUUCAAUACUACAAAAUAUAAAUAAUACAACAAUAUUAUAUAUAUUUCUCCUUAUUUAAAGUUUAUGUAGAAAGUUACCUUGCAUUACCUGUACAUGUAUGUUAGUAUUUUACUAGAUUUUGCAAUAUAAUUUUUCAUUACUGAGCUCAAUCGCCAUUUUACGACAAGGAACAAAUGAGUCACUCAUAUUAUGAGUUUGAACGAAAUCUUCUUUUGUUUGGGUGUUUCCAGGGAAACGAUUGAUUUUAUACAAGUUUUUGCUAUUACCAUUAGGUUAUGGUAAUUUAUGUAAUGCCAUAUGUUAUUGGUGGGUUUUUAGAUCACCUGAGACAAAGGCUUGUGGUGACCUAUUGUAAUCAUCUUCACUGGUGUCGUGCAUCUGUAAACAAUUUAAAAUAUUCAACUUCUCCUCAAAACUCCAGAGCUGAUUUCAAUGAAAUUUGCAGAAACCUUCCCUGGCCUAAGAUGAACCAAAAUUGUGAAUUAUACAUUCCCCACUCCAUGGGGGCCUGAGGGGCAGGGCCAAAAGGGGUCAAAUUUACUCAAAUUUCAAAAAUCUUCUUCUCAACACCCAGAUAUGGUAGAAUCAAAUUCUCUAAAUAAUCUUAAAAAAUGGGUCUAAUUGACUUAAAUUUCAAAAAUCUUCUCAACACCCAGAUUUGGUAUAAUCAAUUGCUCUGUAUGAAUGGAAGAAUCUUCAGGUGCUUUAAUUACCAAAAUGGGUCUCAUAUUUCUUCCUGGGGAGUAACUUUUUUAAAACUUUUUUUCAUAAAAAAUUGCAUAUUUGAGCAUUACAAUGGUUAUUUCCUACUUGAAUUAACUUCGUAAGAAUUAUCAGCACAGGACAACAGUUUUCAUGGUAUACAUGUAUUGACACUGGCUUACUACAUUCGAUGUUACAAUUUCUGUCUCAUGACCCAUGAUAACUACCUAGUAUAUUCAAUAUUGCUUAUCUCAGGUGACCGUCAAGACCACUUGGCCUCUUGUGUUAUAGAAACAACUUUUCCAGGCUAUGUAAAUGGUGCAGUACUAUAUUCCCCAACCAUUUUUUUAAAGCUUAGAACAUGGACUUUGAACUUUUAUUUUCUUCUCAAUAAGUACACAGCUAUGAAAUGCUGAUGUUAGAAAUGUACCAUGAGGUUUACUUUUAACAUCUAAAAUCAUUUUACAAUAAAAGAUCAGGCUUUAAGCCACUUAAUACAUCAUACAACUGCAUGCAAUGGACACCAGAUGUUUCUUUUUUUUUAGAUUUCAAAAUAAGAUGGGUUUUUUUUUCAUGACUGAUCAUUAUAUCUUCAUUAUUGAUGAUAUUCAUCAAUUUGAAUGUCUCUAGUCAGCUUGAAUGAAAGGUAAUUGAAAUGCUCAGUUUCUGUAAGAGUUCCCUCCCUUGAAUUACCAUGACUCUAAUGCGUUACUCAAAUGACAGGUUCUGUUACCAAAAUUUGAUUUUGCAAAUGACAAACAAAAUGUGUAGACAAUAAAAUGUUGAUUGAGAGGCUGAACACACCGAAAUCUUCACUAGUUGAUGAACUGUUCAUUGUUGAAUUAUUUCUGUUACCCAUGUUUUCGGAAUAACCAUAAAUUACUUAAAACAGAAAGUAGGACCGGAAAGACACCAUCAUGGAAAUCUUUAAUAUGGGUCGUUAUUAUUGUGACAUCUCUUUGGAAUGUCGGGUGUUAUCUAGCUCCAGUCGUGUGCCUGAUAGAGCCCCAUUAUCAGUUCAUUAUGCUGGUAUAUUUAUUGUACAUCUUUACGUUGGUUAAUUCAAAUAUUUGAGUUUCUACUGUUGUCCCAAAUGUAUGGUGCUUUUUUAGUACGGACGUAAUAUUUCUGAGAAUUUCUGAAAUUUGUACAUAAAUCCCGUGUUUAAAUAUGACAAGAAUUUUUUUGAACAUUCCUUGUUAGUUGUUCUGUUUGUCAGUAUGGGGGAUACAUUCUUAAAAUAUCUUUUGAUUUGUUUUAAUAACUUUAAAAUAACAUUAAUACUAUGAAAAUUAUGAAACAAUGACGAGUAUGAUUAGCACGGGAAUGUGUGUUACUAAUUAGGUUUGUAUCUGGUGAUGAGAUGAGUGUGUGAAGUGAUGUUGAAAUGUUCGAAUAUUUCAUGUACCAAGUAUAUAAAGUUAUUUAUUGAUUUUUUUUUCAAAUUGAAAAAUAAAAGUCUUCUCUA